GAAUGGAAGAGCUUUAUUUACUCUCCAGCCAUCCGAAUUAUCUGUAAGGGAAGAGGAAACGGUUAUUAAACCGAUUCAUUAAUCUAAUAUAUGUGGUCAAGAGGCAAAAAAUGUGAUCACAUUCAUCUGUCCACCUUUUGUCACUUGCCCAAGUCAGAGUCCUCCCACUUUCUCAUCCAAUCUCUCAGCUCAAUCUGAAGCGCAAAAUUCAAUUAGCCAGUUGACGGAACUGCCUCAAGUCGAGUGGUUGUGUGUGGUUUUUGAUCCCAGGAAUGUUUGUACAAAAGUCAGAGCAUGGCUGGAUUUGCGGCCCAAGCAGCUCUGCGAUCCAAAUGGGGCGAUCUCGUGGACUCUGGCUCGGCCAGUCUUCCGGAACCUCAUGAAGUGUCCCAGAGUCUCAAGAAUGUCGUCGGGUGGCUGAAACAGGCGUCGAUUGAAGUGCGGGAGGCCGGCAAGCGAGCCGUGACGACGUUGCAGAACACUCAUCCGUCGAGUGUAAUCGCUCGCAAGGAGGCUGGAAUGGAAACUUUGGCCGAAAGGGAUGCGCCAGUGUCUUCCAUCGUACAUUGCAACAGUCACUCACCGCAUAGGGAGGUCCAGGCCUUGUCCAAAGAUGGCAUAACAAUUCUCCAUUUCAACGACGUGUACAACAUUGAACCCAACUCGGUGGCGGAGCCGAUUGGGGGCGCGGCGCGCUUUGCCACGGCCAUUCAUAGUUUCCGGGAUCUGAAGCCGUUGGUGCUGUUCAGUGGCGACGCCUUCUCUCCCAGCAUGCUCAGCACCUACACGCAGGGUGAGCAGAUGAUCCCCGUGCUCAACGCCGUGAGCGUCAAGUGUGCCGUCUUCGGCAAUCAUGAUUUCGAUCAUGGUCUUGAUGUGCUUUCCAAAUGGGUGGAUCGCUGCCACUUUCCAUGGCUCAUGUCCAAUGUGGUGGACAAUGAGACGGGACGCCCGCUGGGCGAUGGCAAGAUCACACAUAUCAUGCGGUAUGGCGAGCACAAGAUCGGUUUCGUAGGUUUGGUGGAGCGCCAGUGGCUGGAGACGCUGCCCACGAUUGAUCCCAAGGAAGUCACUUUCAUAGACUUUUCCAAAGCAGCUCACGAACUGGCGGCAGAACUGCGAAAGGAAGGAUGCGAUAUUGUCAUUGCGCUCACGCACAUGCGAACACCCAACGAUGAGGAACUGGCCAGACAAUGUCCUGAGAUAGAUCUGAUCCUCGGUGGUCAUGAUCACGUAUUCGAGGUGGUGAAAGUUAAUGGAACGAACAUCGUCAAGUCGGGAACGGACUUUCGGCAGUUUUCGAAGAUUGCCAUUGAGAACGAGAGAGAUGCGGACGGGAGGCUGAAGAUGGAGAUUGAGAGAGUGGAUGUGACUGCUUCCUAUUCAGAAGACGAGACGCUCAAGGCGGAAUUGGAGAAAUACUCGGCCACCAUUGAAUUGAGGAUGGAGGAAGUUCUGGGGACAUUUUCUGUGGAAUUGGACGGCAGAUUUUCGCAGAUUCGCACGAUGGAGACGAAUCUGGGCGACUGGGUAUGCGAUGUCAUCCUGGCGGCCACUGGAGCCGACGUGGUUCUCAUCAAUUCGGGCACAUUUCGCUCUGAUCAAGUCCAUCCAGCGGGUCCGUUCAAGAUGAGGGACUUGGUUAACAUAGUUCCAAUGCGAGAUCCGCUAAUUGUGUUGGAGAUGAGUGGUCAAGUGCUACUGCAGGCACUGGAGAACGCUGUGUCCGCCUAUCCGAAACUCGAGGGCCGCUUCUUUCAAGUCUCAGGCCUAUCUUUUGUAUUCGAUCCCUCUCAGCCACCAGGGAAGCGCGUUGAGGCAGGCCUGGUAAGAGUGGCGGAUGAGUGGCUGAAUUUGGAGCAGAAUUACGCGGUGUGUAUCAAAAGCUACAUCCACAGCGGCUGCGAUGGAUUCCACAUGUUCAAAGAGUGCAAAGUUCUUAUGGAUGAGGACUCUUGUCCUGAACUCGGCUUAGCUAUUCAGAACCACUUCAAGGCAAUCGACGUGAGGAUGGGCAAAGGACGUCCUUCCAAGCAUCGGCAGAGUCUCGUGACGCUGUCCAGGCGUCACAGCACUGUUCAAAUGAUGGACAGCGUUGAAUUGGACGGCCCGACUCCUGUUCGUCGCAUCUCAAUGCAAAAGAGCCUAGAUAGUGUGCCGAAACUCCUCAGGCGAACAUCUAUGGACGAUCUGGAGCAGGCGAGUUGUCAACUCGCGCCGGAAAUUCAGCACAGGAUCAUUUCCGCGCAGAAUUCAGAGCAUGUGCAGGAAUUGCUGAGGCGCCGCGAGACGCAAGAGAAGAACACAGUCAUCAAGGAAGUGGAUGAGUACUCUUAAAGAGCGACAGCUACCUUUCGUACCCUGAGUUUUCCUGUUUCCAAACUACAGAUGACAAUGAAUGAAAUGGCUUUAAUAAUGUUUAUUUAACGCUAGACGACCUAACUUUUAUUGUUCUAAAACCCCUUUUUUCCCCCGUAACAGAUGUGCUUCUAUUCUUGCCAAAAUUGAGGAUGGUUAACAGAGCUUAAUGGUGCUUUCUGGCCGAAGGUCAGGAAGCGGUGUGAUUUAGAGAGAAAUGUAUUUUUGUACGCUUCUUUUUGGCCUCCCAAUUUACCAACAUGAUAUUUCAAAGAUAUUCAAUAUUUAUUUGGUUUGUGAGGGUGUUUUUCCUGCAAGACAUUCCAUUGUAAAAAUUCUAUUUACUCAGUAAAGCGGAAAGCAAACCACUGAAAUGGUCACAAAUUGUAGAUAAAAUGCACUUGUGUUUACCAAAUAAAAGAAGACAAUCCCUGAGGGGAUUUAAAUUUUAAAG